GUCGCCAAUGAGCGGGCAUGUUGGGGCGGAGCACACAAACCCUAGUGGGUUUGGUUGCACGGCGGCUUUGGCGCAUUUUCGGCUGGUUUGAUUCAUCCAUUUUGAAGAGACGGGGGAGCGGGGGGCUCGUCUGAUCCAGGGGCCCUGAACCAAAGAGCGGCGGAGUUUGAGAGGCCAGCAGCUCGGGGUUCGGCGGCAGCGGCCCCAUCGGCCGAAGUUCGGGGGGGGUGGGGCGCCGAGCGCGCGGGGUGGGGGGGGUCCUGGUCUUUGGCUUCUCGACUCGGUCCUGUUUCAACAGCGAACAUGUCGCGGCCUGUCAGAAAUAGGAAGGUUGUUGAUUAUUCACAGUUUCAAGAAUCUGAUGAUGCAGAUGAAGAUUAUGGAAGAGAUUCGGGCCCUCCUGCUAAGAAAAUUCGCUCAUCUCCCCGAGAAGCUAAAAAUAAGAGGCGAUCUGGAAAGAAUUCACAGGAAGAUAGGCUCUCAGCUGUCAAAUAUAAAAUUCUCGAAUCAUUGUAUUAUGAUACCUUUGAUAUUAUAGAGGACAGCGAAGAUGAAAAGGACGAUCAUAAAAAUGUGCGCCAGCAACGGCAAGCAGCAUCCAAAGCAGCUUCUAAACAGAGAGAGAUGCUCAUGGAGGAUGUGGGCAGUGAGGAAGAACAAGAAGAAGAGGACGAGGCACCAUUCCAGGAGAAAGAUUCCGGCAGUGAUGAAGAUUUCCUAAUGGAAGACGAUGAUGAUAGUGACUAUGGCAGUUCAAAAAAGAAAAACAAAAAGAUGGUUAAGAAGUCAAAACCUGAGAGAAAAGAAAAGAAAAUGCCCAAACCCAGGCUAAAGGCUACAGUGACACCAAGUCCAGUGAAAGGCAAAGGGAAAGUGGGUCGCCCCACAGCUUCAAAGGCAUCAAAGGAAAAGACUCCUUCUCCCAAAGAAGAUGACGAGGAACCAGAAAGCCCUCCGGAAAAGAAAACAUCUGCAAGCCCCCCACCCGAGAAGUCUGGGGACGAAGGGUCCGAAGAUGAAGCCCAGUCUGGGGAGGAUUAAAAGUGAUGAUGGUUUGGGGAGAGAUUUUAUUAAAAAAAGGAAAAAAAAAAAAAGAAAAAAGAGGGAGAAAAAAAAGAACCUGCUUAAGAUAGAACAUGGUUUUGGCUAUGGCUUGACUCAUGGGCUUUCAGUGCUUUUUUCCAUUUGUUAAAAGUAACAUUUUUUCUCUCACUCGCUUUCUCUCUCUCUUUUUUUUUUUUUUUUAAGAAAACCAUUGUAUGUUUAAGUGUUUAAGUUGCCUUUCUGUUUAUUGGUCUCUUUGCCACCACCACCCCUUCCCAAUGAAAGCCAUGUCCAAUUAAUCACUGGAUUGACUGCUUCAUCUUUUUAUUCUUAAUGGAAGGCAUACCACGGUUGUGCAGCAAUAAGAUUCGAGAUGAACACUAUGGAAACUGCUUUUUGCUAAAUGAUAGCAAGUUGAAUAGUAAUCCAAAACCGUAGAAAGGUUUUAGUUGAAGAUGAUUGCUUCUUUCUCUACCUGGACUUUUUAAAAAUCAAUUGUCAUCUAAUAUGAAUUUAUAUGUCUAUAUACACAAGUAUAAAUGUCUAAAAAAAGUCAUGACUUAAACUUCCACUGAUGAGGCAGGUAGGAGAUAAAAGAAUUCUGAAUUGUUACUAAAAGUACUCAUAUUUUUUACCUUGGGGGGAGGGUGGGGAAUGGGGUUACCUGACCUUGUUUGAGGGUGUGCGUUUUCUUUUUUUAUUUCAUCACUUGUUAUCUCAAAGAGAUUCGGAGCCAGUGAUCCUUUUAUCCUGCAACGGUCUUUAAGGAGCUUAAAAAAAGAAAGAGCAGGGGGCUGCCUAAACUGAAAUCACUCUUGAUUUCACAUUUCUUUCUCUAAUGAUUCAUGUUUUAAAAAUAUAUAUAUAUGUAUCCUGGUUUUUUUUUUUUUGAUGAAAUUUUACCAAGGAUCCCCCCCAAAAUGAAAUCAUCCUAGAAUUUAAUUGGCAAGAUCAGUCUACACAUCACAGUGGAUUUCUUCUCAAACUGACAAUGUUUAGGUUUUAAGCAAAUAAAGUUCCAGUUAAUGUGAAACUCAAUCACAAAGAGUUGAGAUUUUUCCUUUAUGAUAACAAAGAAUUGAAAUUCUUUUAUGCCAUAAAAUGUGCGUUCAGAUUCCAUGAACCAUGCUCUGCUUUUAUUUGGGGAUGGAACAUUUUCCUUUCUGUAUCCUGAUCUUCCCGUUUCUUCAUAGAAACAUGGUAGGAAGUACAUCUGUCCACUUUCUGCUGCUACAUGGGACACCACUGCACACCCUAGCCCUGGUGCCUACGAACUCUACUGUAGGACACUAUUUUCCUGGCUCUGUUCUUCCCUCCCCAUUCUGUCCUUGGUUCGGAGUAUGUUAAAUGCUGCUCCUAAUCAGUUUACUCUUGUCUUUUUAGUUUCUCCCAAUCCUCUGCUUUGCUGCUCAUGCUGCUUCAAGCAGGAGAGAGGGACUAGGGAAAUCCUGCAUUUUAGGAUUUUUUAGGAUCAGCUGCAUAAGUGGGACGUGUGCAGUUUACAUGCCUUAUGAAAGCAGUCAGGAGAUCUGUAGAUUUGAUCCGCCACAUCCUGACACCAUGAGCUAACGGGAGCAAGGUUUAAGAGUCCUAGUAUGCUCAUAAAUAUGAAAAAUUAGUGAAAUUUAACUUCUGCCUUUUUCCUGCCUUUUAAUCUAGAUUUGCUUCCUUAACAUCCUACUUUGUGGUUUUCUUUCUUACUUUUAAGUGACAGCAUAUUUUUCUUAGACAAAAUGGCUUUCUUGCAAGUGAUCCUAGGACUAAAGGUUAUUUAAGGAUUAUUUUUACUCUGAUUUUUAAGACACUUCAAGGAUCAUUCUCACUCUGAUUUUUUCAAACACCCAGUGGCAGAGUCAUUUCACUGUUGCACUGUGUGUUAAAGAAUGCAUAAGGAGUUUUUAGUGCGUGGCCAAAAAUACAGGGCUUGAACAUAAGUAGCAGUUGGAUGAUUCUCUUUCAUGAUGGUUAAAUUCAUAGUUGUAAACUUUGUAAUAAGCGUGUUAAAGAUUCAUCAUUUGCUCAAGUGGGUUUGUUCAGGUAUUCAUUACAAAAAGGUUUAUGUUCAUAUAGUAAAAGACCUAUCAGUGUUUCCACCAUGCACUUCUAUUUUUUAGGAGUUUAUAAUUUUGUCUUACAUUCCUAGUAACAUUGGGGCUUUUCUUAGGUUAUGUUUCAUGAAGAUUGGGGGUGGGGGCGGCUCUUAAAACUUCAGCCUCAGAUUUUUUUGUGUAACAGUCUCUUUAAUAUAUUAAUCUGCACUAACAUCUCUGUGAUAUAUGCACAUCUUUUAGAGAUAAUCAUGUCUUGUAGGUUACUUGUGUGCAUUUAAUUGAGCUUCUUAUUUAGGGUCUCUUUUAAAAUUAAUUCAUUAGAUUGAAAAAUGUAUUCUGUAUUUCUAAUAGACUGGACAGGAGGAUCUUUGUCCCCGAGUGAGACAGGCUCUGAAUAACCUUUGUUUUCUCCACUUUUUAUUGAUGAUUUAAAACACGCUAGUCUUCCCCUCAAAUCCUGCAUGCAAAUUGGAGGAUGGUUGUGGUGACUCAACUGGAAACAGGUGCUCAAUAGUCAGGCUCGAUAGUGAUGUCAGGACAACAUUAGGAGCUGUAAGCCAAUAGCGACUGGCCGUUGGCACCACCUUUGACUGAACUUCCUCUUUUUUUCUAGUGUGCCUAUGGUGAAAUGGCAAUAGCGUUCACUGUCUUAUUUCGCAGUGCUCAGGAAGUGGGAUGUUAACUUUGAAGGUGCUUGUUUGUGUUAUUCGAAUUCUCUAUGUUAGCUCUGCUAGGUUUCCCUUUACGACAUAGGUUUCGGCAGCUAUGCUGACUGACACUACAUCCUAGUUCUUAAGAUUCUUUUUUUCCAGACCCCACCUCCCCAGCUAGACAUAGCUGACAUCCUACUCAAUCUGUCUGUAACUUGCUGCUGCUGUUAGUCCUCCACCUCAGAUCAGAGUCGAUGGAGUGGGCCCAAAGGAUACAUUUUCAUUUCAGUGAUGGUAGGUAGAUCUGUCCUGCUUUCUAAAACAUCUCCCCCAUUUCCUAGCUCCACUCCAUAUUGAUUCCAUAAAGGAAAAUUAAGGGUGUUUUCUCCUUUAGGGAGGUAAUGAGUGGAAAUCGAUCUUGAGGAAUAAUAGUUGAUUUCCCUUGAAGGAGCUUGGAUGUUGAUUUUUUUCACAAUUAACUGGUUUGCCCCAGUUUAAUCCUCAAUUUAAUACUUCAAUUCUUGAUCCUGGUUCAAAUAGCAUUUUCUUAUAGAUAACAAAUCAAGAGUGGAAUUGGAGGUUGUACUCCAGUAAAGUUUUUGACUCUUGUGAAUAUGGUCAGCUAGACUGAACUUAACACAUAUUUUAAUGGUUCUUUUUUUAAAUCCAUGAACAUUCAAGUAACAAGUGGAUUUUAGAGUACUGUUUGGGGAAGGGAAUAAUACUUUUUGUUAACCAAACUUCAGUCUAGAAAGUUGUUUUGAGAGUGUUAGAAAGGCAAGAGCAGAAUUUCAUACCAGGAGCAAGGAGCAGCGGGAAAGCUUUCUAAAAGAUCACGUGGCCAUUGUUGCUGUAUUGAAGAAUGAGUGUGGUCCGAACAGUUCUUUCUUUGCCUGCGUCACCAGUAGCUCCCCUGAAAAGAAAAAACUUUGACCUUAGGAGUUUGGAAAGGAAGAAACCUGACCUCUGGUCUUAAUGGCAUUUAGACUGAGAUACUUUUCUACACAUUUCUUGCCACAGGAUAGGGAAAAUGUAACAAGCUGGUUGCUCUUGAGGUUAGAAAAUUAUCCAUUUCUCUGUGGAUGAAGUCGGGUUUAAUUUAGAGAGUUGGUUUAUAUUUGAAGAAUUGGGACACCAAGCUAUCUAUAACCAAGUUUCAGUUUCAACCCAUUUUCCCUUUGUCUUGGAUAAACUCAAUACAACAUGAUUCAUUUUGAAUCCCAAAUCCAUAAGUUACACUUUUUUUUCAAAGCCUAAUUCACAAAAUUCACAGUGGUGCUGACUGUGUAUAACCACUAUUGGGAAAAAUCCCGUAAACCUGCCUGUUGCCAUGCCAAUGGGGUGACUGAACUGGUGACAUCUGUUGGAGCAUGCUUUGUGUGGCUGGUAGAAUGCCACAGUGCGCAUACACUUUGUACAUCAGGGGUGAAGGGAGGGUUUUCUAGAUUAUUGGGGGAGGGUAAAAUUGGGAUUUUUUUGUUCCUUUUUCGAUGGGGUGUGGGGGUAUAGUACUCAGCUUAUGCCCUAAAAUAACAUGUAUAAAACCCCCCUGAAAUAUUGUGUGGGUGUGUGUGUGAGUGUGUGUUUGUAUAUGUCUGGCAAUUAAACCUUUGUCUUCUGGAACUUAGUGAAUUCUUUUCUUUUUUUCCCUCCAGAAGUAUUUGUUACAAGAUUUGUAAAUAAGAGCUCUACUUAGUUUGUUUACCAUGAACGUGUUGCAGCAAACCUUAUGCACCGAAUUCCCGCAAGAUUUACAGAAAGACUUAAGACUUGCCAGGUUAAGCAACAGCCAAGUUCUCAGUAAUUGUUUGCCUUGAUUUGUCUUUUAGACUUCAUUUUGCCGGCUCUAAAAUUCCCAGUCUUCCUUGAUUUUAGUCCUUAAUUUUUUAUAUUCUGAGCAGGAAGGGUAAAAGAGAGGAACCUGCUUUAAAUGUAUUAGUUCCUAGGCUGAGAUGGGGCCGUCUCUUCAUCCUGCAGUGUUGCUAGAUACAUGAUCAGACACCAGAGGGUUGGGCAUUCUUGCAAUACCUUAACAGUGCUGAGAUCUGCAGCAUGGUACUAAGGAAGUUAAAGUUUGAAUGUAACCACUUUAUUUAAAAGGUUUUUUUUCCUUUAAUUUAAAUGGGGUUGAAGUGAACAUGAUUUUGUUGACCAUGUUCGUGAAUUAUAGAUGCAACAUGCAUUGGUAGAAUCGUGUGAUGGUCUUUUGUGAUACUUAAUUUUUACAUAUCCCAGUCUCUGUAUGUAUCUGCAUAGACAAAGAAAAAAAAAAAAACAAACUCCUGCUUUGCUUUCAUUGAAGGGUUUCCAGGACUGCGUGUCUGCUCCUGAGCUCUGUUUUAAGUAUGUGUAUCCUUUGCUUGUAUUUUGUAUUAUGAGCAUGUUGGCAUUGUCCCCUUUAUUUUUUUUCUCUUUUUGGGACAUAUGAAGCAAGUAAUUCUUUUUCUGUAUCUUUUUUUCUUUUGUAAACUUUUUUUUUUGUUUUGUUUAAAAAUGGCUUUAUAAAAGGGCUUUUAUAACCCA